AUGGCAAAGACCAAACCCAACGUCAAGGCUCACGCCAAAAAUUCCGUCGCAACGAAUGCAAUGUUCAAGAAAACCAAGAACGAGGCUCGACGUGAGGAGAAGUCCCACCAUAUGAAGGAUGCCAUUGAGAAACCUGCCAAAUUCUCGAAGAGCAACAAGGGGUACAAGCCCAAGCACAUAGCAAAGCACAUCUCAGAACACCCUCUGGCCGCUGAAUUCGCAGGCAGCAUUGAGCAGUCGCGUGAGACUGUUGAAGAGAAAGCUACUGCUAUCCUCGACGCCACCUAUCUCGCCCUCUCGCAACGCCUGGUGGACUCCUACGAUUUUUUCGAUCAGAGAGAGCAAGAUGCCAUCAAGGUCAGCGAUGCGAUUGCGGAUCCUCUCGAGGAGCAAGAGCUCGAGUGGACCUCUACGGACGGCAAGCAAUCCGGCAAGACUAUGCUCGGCGUUCGCAUGAAGAAAUGUCGGAAGACUAUAGAGGCCGAGGAGAAGGAAUUUGAGCGCCAAUUCGACGAAUGGACCGAGGUGCAGGCCGAGUUUCGUCACUUCGCUUCGCUGAUAAUCGGUCCUGAUGGACUUGACAAUCUCCUGGCGGGUAAUUUCGAUCCGAACAGCUUUGUUGACGCCGAGCAGCGAGAGAUGAUGGAAGAGAUCGAGGCUGAGAGGAAGGUAUUCAUGGAGCAGAUUGAGAAAGCUGGACAGGAGGCGAUGGAGGCAAUGACGGAGAGCGACAAGAAGCUGGAGCUCAAGCAGAAGAAGUACGAGGAAUCCUUUCUGGCCAUGCUGAGGGAUGACGAGUAG